CUUCAACUACAUAAAAACAUGAGAUCUCUUUCGACUAGUUUGUUUUUCUUCUCCCUUAUUCUACUAGCAAGUCUCCAUGAUGCAAGAGAAGGCCCUAAAGAAUACUGGAGAAGUGUAAUGAAAGAUGAACCCAUGCCAAAGGCGAUUCAAGAUGUUCUUAUUCAAGAUUCAACUCAAUCAAAUAAUAACAAAGAUCGGUUCACAAAGAAUUUUGAUACAAAACCUAAUCUUAUAAUUUAUCACUCUCAUGUGAUCUAUAAUCAAAAAGAUCAUGAGUUAGUUUCUUCUAAGAUGAACUAAAUCCUUUGUUUAAGAAUUAAGCGGUGAUAUUUCUUUCGUGAAUGCAUUUAAAGUCUGGGUUAAACAUUUUUGUGUGCUAAGACAAAAUAUUUCGUCUC